CUUCUACCUUCAGCCAAGAAUGUCAACUCCUAGCAAACCACGACAAUGGGGCGUAACAGCACCAAUAUCAACAGCUUCGCCCACUCCACAUGAACUACAGCUCACAGAAACAUUGGUUGAAGCUUUAAAAGGCUACAACCUGUUUGAAUCUGAUCAAGAAGCUCGCAAACGUGAGGUCGUUCUUGGGAAACUGAACACUCUAACUAAAGAAUUUGUAUACCAAGUGAGCAAAAAGAAAGGAUUUCCCGAAUCGCUAGCACGAGAAGCAGGAGGCAAAAUCUUCACGUAUGGUAGUUACCGCCUUGGAGUGCACAAUGCUGGCUCUGAUAUCGAUUGUUUAUCUGUAUUACCGCGCCAUGUUGAACGAGAGGAAUUCUUCACCACCAUGUACGAAAUGCUCAAGGAGCAAAAGGAAGUUACUGAAAUGACGGCCGUCAGCGAUGCUUACGUACCCGUCAUAAAGAUGCACUUUUCCGGAAUACCAAUCGAUUUUGUAUGCGCUCGAUUAUCGCUUGCUCGUAUUCCAGAUGAUCUCGAAUUGUCAGACAAUAAUCUCUUGAAGAAUCUUGAUGAACGCUGCAUCCGUAGUUUGAACGGAUCUCGAGUAACAGACGAUAUUCUACGACUUGUACCAAACAUUCCGGCGUUCAGAAUUGCACUCCGUUGUGUCAAGUUAUGGGCGAAAAAACGAGCGAUUUACUCUAACGUUAUGGGAUUCUUUGGUGGUGUUGCAUGGGCUAUGUUAGUGGCCAGGAUAUGUCAGUUAUAUCCAAAUGCAUGUGCGGGGGCUAUCGUGAGCCGCUUUUUCCGCAUUAUGUAUCAAUGGAACUGGCCACAGCCUGUUUUACUCAAGCAUAUGGAGGACGGUCCUUUACCGGUACGAGUAUGGAAUCCAAAGUUAUAUCCAGCUGAUAAGAGUCAUAGAAUGCCCAUCAUCACCCCAGCUUACCCAUCGAUGUGUGCAACACAUAAUGUUACCGAUUCAACGCGAACCAUUAUGAUAUCGGAGUUCAAGAGGGCAGCAGAAUGCGUCGAUAAAAUUUUCAUCGGUGCAGGUCAAUGGCCUGAGCUUUUUGAGAACCAUACUUUCUUUCAAACAUACAAGUACUAUUUGCAGGUUAUUGCCAGCUCCGAUUCUGCGGAAAGUCAGCUCAAAUGGUCCGGUAUGGUAGAGUCAAGGUUGCGACAAUUGGUGUUGAAAUUGGAACUUGUAGAUAUGCUUGUACUUGCGCAUCCAUACAUCAAACCAUUAGAUAGGGUGCAUUACUGUUCGACUGAUCAAGAAGCACUGGAUGCUGCUUACGGAGUUUUCAAUCCACAAACAACAUUUGCCCUAACUGAAGGUAAUAUGGAUGUUAAUCAUAUGGAUCUUCUGAGAGAAAAUGGCGACAGUGCAGAAGGUUCUGAUCCGCAGCAAGAGCCAAGAAAGGUGUACACAACCACGUUUUUUAUUGGACUUUUUAUUGAACCGAAAACAGCUGGUACUACUGGAACUCGUAAACUCAAUAUAUCCUGGCCAUGUGCUGAAUUCACGAAACUGGUGAAGGCAUGGGAUAAGUACGAUGAAGCGACUAUGGGAAUUACCAUCAAGUAUAUUAAGAGCUCUAUGCUUCCUGCGGACGUUGUUGAAGGAGAUCCAAAGAAAUUGAAGCGACCGCAAAGCAAGAACAAGACUGGUAAUCCACCAGCUGUCAAUGUUGAAAAGCCAAAUAAGAAGAUGCGAAGCGGUACUGAGGAGCAAGCUGACAACACUGGAAUGACCAAUCCAGUUGCUACUGGAAAUAGUGAGGAGAGUAUAGCGACGGCUCCACCUGCUGCAGAACCGGUUUCAACAUGAGUGGAGAUUCUCUUUCUUGUACAAACUUAUCUUUUUUUUUUCAGUCAUUCAUACUGAUGUAAGACUCUUUUUCCUUAGUUUUCACAUAAUUCUGUUUUAGCUGUCGCCAAUCUGUUCUUAUAUCGCUUGCGAAAUCAUCUCCAUAUUGUAAUUGUUUCUCACGGAAUGUUUUCUAUAGAGUCUUUUGACCGAUGAAAUGAAGUUAUAAAUAAAAAUAAAAACCCAAAAAAAAUUGGAAAA